AUGCACGGCUAUAGCUCUUCAGAGGAGUCGGACGACCCUCGUCGCCCGCGUCCUGUGCCAGCAUCGGCUAACGCCAUCGACAAGAAGAAGAAGACGCCUCCUCAGCCUUCCAUCAAUCAUAUUUGGAAGAAGUUUCAGGAUAAGAAGUUCAACAAGGCCUUGGCUGUGCUGCCAUUCGACCCUGUUCUACCACCAGCAAGCUCGAAUGAACCCAACGAGUUACUGAGCGCUGGGUACGAGCGAGCUGUCGAGGAGUGCCGCCGUAAAGUGAAAAAGAUAAUCCAAGAAUGCCGUAGAGUCAACAUGCGAUAUCGGGAUCCCGGCUGGGACUUGGACUGGGAUUUGAAGUGGGAAAAGGGUUACUGUCUCAACACUCUUGGCCAUACCAAAUGGCAACUUUCUAGAGCGACUCUCUCUAAUCCAAGCGCAUCUGUUCCCAAGGCAGUAAAGCGUGUUCACGAAAUCUUCGAGAAGCCAACUUUCUUGAAGAACGUCAAUGGCGGAGAUGUGAAGCAGGGAAGCCUCGGAGACUGUUGGCUGAUGGCUGCGUUGACUGCCCUCGCCAACGUCGAGGGCGGUAUUCAGCGCAUCUGCGUCGAGUACGACACUCGCAUCGGCAUCUACGGCUUCGUCUUCUACCGCGAUGGCGAGUGGAUCUACUCCAUCAUCGACGAUAAGCUAUAUCUGAAGUCUCCUUGCUGGGAUUCGCCUAGUAUGCAGCGCGAUCUCCUCCAGCAGAUCGAUCGCGAGAACGUGGAGCACGUCUACCGCAAGACCUAUCAGACCGGAUCCAAGGCUCUCUUCUUUGCUCAGUGCAAAGACCAGAAUGAGACUUGGGUACCUUUGAUUGAGAAGGCCUACGCCAAGGCUCAUGGUGACUUCGCCUCGCUUGCUGGCGGUUGGAUUGGCGAGGGAUUGGAAGAUCUCUCAGGCGGUGUCACCACUGAGCUUCUUACCUCGGAUACCCUCGAUAUUGAGGGUUUCUGGGAAAACGAGUUUUCCAAAGUCAACGAGGAGUUCUUAUUCGGCUGCUCAACCGGCCUCCUUGAUGGAGGCUAUGGUGAGAGGAACGGCAUCUCCGAAGGCCAUGCAUACGUCAUGAUGGAAGCAAGGAUGCUAAAUUCUGGAGAGCGUCUUAUCAAGCUCCGCAAUCCUUGGGGGGAAAUUCGAAAGGGCGUGUGGGAAGGUCCUUGGUCUGAUGGCUCCAAAGAAUGGACCAUGGAAGUCCAGGAGGAGCUCGGUCAUCAUCCUGGCAAUGACUCUGUCUUCUGGAUCAACUACGAUGACUUCCUACGCAAAUUCCAUCAUAUCGACAGGACCAGGCUGUUCCGUGACCCCGCCUGGAGGUGCGUCCAGCGCUGGAUUGGAGUCGAGGUGCCCUGGAAAUCCCAAUUCAACGAGAAAUUCCACGUCAAGCUAUCCAAGGAUGGGCCGCUAGUCCUAGUUCUGACUCAACUUGACACGAGAUACUUCAAGGGACUUCAGGGCCAGUACUCUUUCCGCAUUCACUUCCGUAUUCACGAGCGAGACCGCUCUGGUGCCGAAGACUACAUCGUGCGCUCCCACGGCAACUAUGUUAUGGACCGAUCUGUUUCUAUCGAGUUACCCGACAUGCCAGCUGGAGAGUACAGCAUCUUCAUGAGUGUCACUGGUGAAAGAGACACUAAUAUUUCCUCUGUCGAAGAUGUGGUCAAGCGCGAGUGCAAGAAGCGCAUUGAGAACGACAAGCUGGCGCAAACUGGUGCCGCGUACGACUUGGCGCAUAGUAAGGGCACGGCCCAUCUCCAAGAAGUCACCAGGCUGCGAAAAAUCAAAGAGCAGCAGAGAGCUUCCGAGUCUCGCCAGAAGGAGCGCCGCAAACUCUGGGAGAGACGUCAUACUAAUCGCGAAGUCACCAAGCAGCAGACUAAGAAGAACAACGAGAAGCGCGACCGCAAGCUUGCCAAGAAGGCGGAAGCAGCCAAGGCCAAAGCUGAUCUCGAGGUCGCUGAGAAGGCCGCCGCGGAAGCCAAGAAGGCUGAAGAAGCGAGAAUCUUGGAAGAGGCAGAGGCAAAGAAGAAGGAUGCAGAGAAGCCCAAGGAUGAGACCGUCCAGACGGAUGUAGCCAAGGAUGAAUCCAAGCAUGAAUCAAAGGAGGAGUCCAAGGACGUUGCUGCAGGCGACUCCAAGUCAGAUGGCACUAAUGAGUCCAAGGAAGAUUCUAAGAACGAAGGCAAGAAGGAAUCCAAGAAAGACUCUAAGGAUGAAGUCAAGAAGGACGCCGCUGAGGAUCAGCCUGCAGACAAGUCUGCCCCUGCCCCUGCCUUUGCUCCCGAACCACCGGCGCAGAAGUCUAACGACUCGGAUGGCGAUUCGUCUGACUCGCCCAUCGAAGACUGGGAAGAGUUGUAUAGUGACGAUGACAUGGUCAGGAAGUCACGCCUCACUCCUUCAGGACCGCCCAAGAGACAUGACGAGCGUUACGAAUCUGAGGAGGAGGGUCUGCCUGAUCCCUGGAACGCCGUAUGCAUUGUUGGACUGCGCAUCUACUCCAUGGACGAGGAUCUUGAAGUCCGUGUCUUUAUGGAAGGUGGCGAGCUUCUCGAGGGUGGUAUGGGCAAGAAAGGGGAGGCAGAUAUCGACAAUGCCCAGGCGAACGCGGGUGGAGAGCGCGAAAAGCUCGAGCCUGCCAGCCUAGAAGCCGCGAAGCCUGAUGUCGAUUCAUCCGCGAUUGAAAAGACAGAAGAAGCGGCUGAAGAGCCCAAAAGCGACAGAGAGGAGACGAAUGAGGACUCAAAGUCGGAAGGGUCGGACAAGAAUAGUGUCGACUCAACUGAUUACGACAAGCUCCACUUCGGAACUUCGACACCAGAUGACGCCGCCGCCCCAGAAGCGACCCCAAUUGAGUCACACAAGGUAUUUUGCUAG